UUCCAUUUCCCAAAUUUUAGAUAAAAAAAAAUGCGUGCAAAAACUCACUCUAUCCUCUUCUUCUCUCUCCUCGUCUUCACAAACAUUAUCCUUCCGACCGCCGCCGCCGCCGCCUCCGCCUCAGAUUCUGAUCCGACAGCAUCUCCAUGGCCGGUCCAAUUUCACUCCAUCCUCUUCAUGAACCGGAGCGGCACUCUCCAGCACGUCGACCUCUGGUACGACUGGCCCAACGGUCGUAAUUUCAAUAUCCUUCAGGACCAACUAGGAAAGUUAACCUACGACCUCGAAUGGACUAACGGCACUUCCUUCAUCUACACUUUAGAUUCUAACAAAGAAUGUCGAGUCUUGAGUGUUGGGGUGGGAAUCCUGACUCCAAAUUGGAUGGAUGGUGCAAAUUACUUAGGACAGAAAUACAUGGAUGGGUUUCUGUGUAAUGUUUGGGAGAAGGUUGAUUUCAUUUGGUACUAUGAAGAUGUUGUUACUAAAAGGCCUGUUUAUUGGGUAUUUUAUACAGGUUAUAGUGCACAUGUGAUGACAUUUGAAGUUGGAAAAGUGCUUGAAGAUGAUGGAUGGCAAGCUCCUGUCUACUGUUUUCAAGAUGAAGAUGAAAAGAUGUCUAUUAAUGAAUCACAGGUAAUUAGGAAGAUCAGUUCUAUCUAACAAGAACUUAUUUCCAUUUCAUGAAUUUACUUAAUUAGUAGAUGCAAAUAAGGAUGAAUCUGGGUGAUGAUGUAUGUAUGGAACUCUAGUCUUUUUUCAUGAAUAAGAAGGUUCAAAUUAUCUUUA